UACAACCACAAUGAACGGCGCAGAGGGGGGCAUGAAUCCUAUGCCGUGGUCAGCAGGUACUCCUUUUGAUAGCAGUGGUUCAGCUGCGGAUAAAAGACGCGUUACUGAAAUCAUCGAUCUCACUUUGAGCGACGAGGAGAAUCCAAUACACGACGACAGCUCCGAGGAAGACUCUGUUGAUGACUGCGAUGAGGUUAUGCCUGACAGUCCUUCAAUUGUAGCUCCAGUCUACAAUGCUCCACCUAUUGUUGAUUUCCCACUCGACCCUAUCCUUCCACGAAAUCUCAAGUGGCCAUUUAUGUUGCAGAUGAUCAAAUCCACAAGGAGACACCUCAUUCCAAGACAAUUUAUCACGCCAGCUCAAUUUGGUCGCCGUCUCGAAGUAUUGAACCCUCAACACCGCUUUACCACUCCCCAAUACAAAGCUGCGUGGGUCUACGCAGUCAAUCAUUGCAAAGAUAAAGUGGACUUGUCUGCUACUUUUGCGGCCAACCAGGGGUUGGAUCAGCACAGCUUCUUGCAAUUGAUCGACGAUAUUUUCAAGAGUAUCGCCGCUAAUGAUUACGGGGUCGAUUUUGCUACCCGCGCUGAGGAGCUCGAAACUAUCCGCUCUGAAAUCCCCCACGCUACCGGUAAAGCACCGAAGAAGUUGCUUCGCGAAGAGAGAAAACUGACCAGUUCCGCGAUCAAAACACGACUGACCCCGAACGAGAGAAGAUGUCUCAAGGUAGCUGCCGAGAGUCAGUUCAGAAUCCUUGGUCGUAGGACUCAAAGUCAACAUAUAUGCAGUAUCGGGCGCGAAGCUGCAGAGAAUAAGCACAAUCAUGGGGAAAGGGUCAUGCAAACAGAUGGUACUUGGGGUACAGCAUUUAACACACAACUCUCCUUUCGGUACCGGAACAUCGAGCCACACACACCAAACUGUUUUGUUCCGACACCAGAAAUUUAUAUCCCAAAUCAGGCCCUGGCGAAUCAAGCUCCAGCUCCAGCACCUGCUCUCAUCCCUGCCUCGUCGUGGUAUUCUCCGUCCGAGCCUCAAGUACCUCCUCCUAACGGCAAUACUGGACUCGAAAAGUCUGCUGCCUUCAAGCCCUUUAGGCCUUAUACACCAACUCGCUUCUCUCGCGAAGACAUACUACUCAGCAACCCAAUAUCAGAAUCAACUCCAGGAAAUCAUGAUUCCCACAGCUCUCGAUCCGAUCCCUACCGUCCACCACACGACGUUCCAUACGCAAAAUCCCGCUACGAGUCCUACCGUCCAGAUCGGCAAUACUCCUCCUCCAAUAUCUCUAACUGGAACUCUCUUCCUCGCUCUCCACGCUCACGUUCUCCUCCAAGUCUACCACACAGAGCAGACUCAGACCCGAGACAGAGACAGAGACAGGAUCCUAGCAGGAAACAACGAUACACCCAACCCAGCGCCUACGAAUAUUCCUCCCCUUCCUCACUUACACUCACAUCUACACCAGCUUCAUUACCUCCUCGACCUCAUUAUACCCAGACUCUACCACCAACUCUAGGUGCGAGGUAUCAAUCCAGCUCCUACUCGUCUCCUGAUUCGGGGUUCUAUGGCUAGAGAACUAUGAUAGGAAAGCUAGAUGAAGGAGGUGUGAGAUUGGGAAGUGGUGUUAGGAG